AUGAUUGCUGAUCGUCUUCUACCUCCAUAACUGUUUCCAAUCCAAAAGAGCAAAUUAUGAGUCUGAUGAAAUCUCUGGGUGCUUCGGCGGUGGUGAACGUCCCCGCCGCCGCCGUCACCACCACCCAACUUCAUCACGGUACACAUUCCUUCCCCUUUCUAUCACUGCCACAACAUUUGCCCAAACUAAACACCACCACCAGUAUCAGCUGGAAAACAACUACCCCCGUCAGGACAGCUGUCGCCGCCAUCAAUUCUUCCGACACCGUCGAAAAGGAAACAGAGAGUAAAAAGGAAUACCAUUUUGUGGUUGCGAAUGCAAAAUUCAUGUUGGAUGAAGAAGAACACUUUCAAGAGCAGUUGUUUGAAAGAGUCCGCCUUUUCAAAGAGAGAAAUAUGGAGCAGGAUUUUUGGCUUGUGAUUGAACCCAAGUUUUUAGACAAGUUCCCCAACAUUACCAAGAGACUUAAGAGACCUGCAGUUGCUUUGGUUUCCACCAAUGGUACAUGGAUCAAGUUCAUGAAGUUGAGACUGGAUCGAGUUUUGUUAGAUAGCUUUGAAGCAGAGAGUAUGGAAGAAGCAUUGGCAUCAAAUCCUUGUAAUAUAGAGUUUGAGAAACCAAGUAAUUGGGUCGCUCCAUACCCAAAGUAUGAGUCUGGUUGGUGGGAAUCCUUGUUGCCUCCAAUCCCUCAGACACAACAAGCAUGAUAUGAGACAGACAGACAGACAAACAGACAUCAUGUGUAUUCCCAUAAGCUUUGGAGAGGGUGUUUUGGUCUUUUGAGCUCACAUCAUGCCUAAAGGUGUCUAAAUUCGUAAAAUGAUUAGGAAUGUAUGUUUGCGGUUAUAAGAAGAAUAUUCGGGAACAUUGGUAUAUUUUUUUUCUUUAAAAUUAUGGUUGAGUUGAGUUUA